GGGCAGGAUACUGGGCUGCAUUUGAAGCUGAAUAAGUUUACACCAUCCCAGAGGGGGCCCUGCUGACACACGAAUGCGAAUUGAAAAGUAAUUAGUCAUAUUCUUAAGCAGUAUAAACUAUCAUGUCUUUUGUAAAGUGUCAUGUCUGCUAAAGAUUUGAGGAUAUUUGUGAUUCCACACCAAUGAAAAAAUAUUAAUAUCUUGAAUUUUCCACGUCAUCACUUUGAAUUGUUAGAGUUUUGAUGUCGUAUUAGGGAGAGUCGUGUCUUCUGAUAACCGGCAAGUCUGUAGGUACUGAAGUGAAAGGAAGAGGGUUAUUGUUGGGGGGCGGGGAGAAUGUGUGCAGGUAUGUGUGUAUGAAAUGAGUGAAAGAGAAGUUUUAACAAGAAGUUCUAGGCUACAGGGGAAAAAAAAAACCACACACACACACACACACAAAAACGAUUCUGUGGUACUUUCCUUCACUCCCCCACAGGGGUGUCCAAACAAAGAAAGCUUGUUCAACAAGUCCAGAAACUUAGAGAAAACAGUCCACUAGCAUUUAUACUUUACCGUAGAUCAUAUGUGUGUACACACAAAAAAAUUUCGUUCCAAAUAUGCAGCCACCUCCAAUUGCCAGUCUUUCAAAAUGAUAAAAACUUGCUACGGUAGAAUUGCUUCAUGAUAAGGAUUUCUUUUAAGUUAUUGAAAAGUUAUUUUAAGUAAAGGAAGUCGGUAUUUGCCCUCUGUAUUCGAGCAGGAGAGCAGAGAGAGCUGCUGCUCUCUGGGGAACGCUCUCAGAAUCCCGUUCUAACCCCGGGAAAACUCAGCAGACAGAAAUCGCCCGCCCCAAGCAGCCUGGGGCCUGGGCGGCCAGCAGCACCCACCCAGUUUACGCUUGAUUCGAGGAACCUUCUCUCCCGAGGGGCCUCGCCGAAAAGCAGCUCCUUUGCCCCCAAAGCCGCUCCCAAUAGGCCAACUGACAACCCUUCCCUGGCCCCAGAUUUGCUAGGAUGGUCUGGGACCGCCGGGCGGCCCCUCUACCUGCCUCUCCAGCUUUAGCCCCAAGCCUCCCGGGGUUUCCAUUUGGGCUGCUCCGUGGCGCCCGAACGCCCCUCAGCGGCGGUGGAGCGUGGACUCCGGCGCCUGGCGGGGUCGGGCCCGCGGCAAGGGCGCUGCAUCCGGACAUCGCUGCGUGGUGCCCAGACGCUGGCUCCCGAGAGCGGGCACGAGCCCAGCACGCCAGAGGACCUGGAAUGCCCGCGCUGCGGGAAAAGAGGCUAUCGGUCCGAGGGUCGCAGAGGAGCAGGGGCGUUGGCGGCAGGCUUGCUUGGGCACAGUCUGCGGGCCGAUGCAGAACUUCCGCCCCUGGCCAGAUCCCUCGGCCUCAGAUCCAAAGCCCUCCCCCUGUCCCAAGUGUCCUCCAGAGCCCGGCCCGGCCUGGAGGUCACCUGGAUGCUGGAUCCGCGUUUCCAGACCCAACUCCCUCGCUCCUUCCCGGCCCGGGGGCCUUAAGCUGGACGGCUUCACCUCCUCCAGUGGUGUCCCCACUUCCCCUUCCCGCACCGCGGCCGAUGCUGGAACGUUCAUGGCUUCUGGCCCAGCGUCUCCCACCUGGACAUUUGCCUAGCGACGGCCACCUCAAUCCUCUGCGCCGCUUUCAAGAAACUUUCAUCCCAGUCUCUCUCCCUCUCCACUCUCCUCCCUCUCCCCCUCUCCUCUCUCUUUCUUUUCUUAAUCCUGGGGUUUUAUGGGCUGAGCGUUAAGAAAAUUCGCCUGCAAUUUGGGAUUAGAUAAAUACUCUCAUUAGGAAAAAAAAAAAAAAAAUCCGUGCUACUUGAUACCUCCCAACUUCCCCGAGAAUGGUGGCAGCAUCUGGAACCGAGAGCGCCGGACUCCCGCGAGGCGUGCCCCGGGGACCGCGCGGGCACAUUCCAGCGCGCACUGCCGUCCCACCUCGCCGCGCGGGACCAGCUUUCUCUCCCUUUUGUGAAUGGGCCGCGGUGUCUUUGUUCUGGAGAGAAGCGCCCGUGUCGCUGACUUUUGUGAACCAGAGAAGGAUCUUGUAAAACCUCCUUUUCUCCUUCGUACGCCCCAACUCCCACCCCUCCUCCCCUGCCCCUUUGAUUAGAUGUUCCCUCAUCGUCCAAAAAAAAAAAAAAAUGUAAUUUCGUUGGUCUGGCGGCCACUUUCUUUGAACAUUAGCUCGCUUUCAGCUCCAACUUCAAUUAGAAGGAGUUGAUUUUGAGAGAUCAACAAAAGAACCGACCAAAGCCUUAUUAAAGGUCCUAAGAAGAUCUCCCGGGUCCUUUGAGAAGCAGUUAAGGAAACAGUGUGCCCUCCAUCAUAUUCUGUUACCGUAUUUUAUUCGGACUCCAAAGGAAAGUGUCGCUUGGGGGAGGGGGAAGCACUUUGAUGAGCGGCGGCCGCGGCCCCUUUUCACUCAGCGGGCUCCCCCUUCCUUCUCCUCCUCCUCACCCAGCGCCCUGUCUGCUCUCCGCGCCCGACCCCGCAGCCUGGGCAGCACGGGUGCUCCCCACUGCGAUGCGCCUGGAGGCUCCUUGACUCGCCCUCACACUUACUCCUGUGCAAACUUUUUACCCCGCCUGUCGGGGUGGGGGAGUGGGGGAGAUUAGAAACAAGGGGUAGAAAUUCCUCGAAAGGGAAUAAAGUGCCUAAUUUUCAGAAGGAGGUGCCAUUUAAAAGAUUCUCCUAGCUCAGAGUUGGAACGAAAACUCUUUUUUGCACUUUUAAAAGUCCACCCAGGCAGACGUGUUUGGGAAGUUUGUUCCACUGGGAAAUGGGCUUCGCCCGUACGAACAAUCCGGGGAAAUCGCCUCAAGGAGGCUCCUUACGCAGCAUGUGGAAAAAAGUUGAGGGCAGGGGUCUGUGGCCACAUUUUCCAUCAAAAAGUCCCUGUUAGAGGCAGACUAGGAAAGAGAGAGAAAGAAUGAAAAAGAAACUUUCCUAUCAAAAUGUUUGAAUUAAGAAGUAGGGUGUACAUGUGAGGGCAAGAGGACGCUGGGCUCCAACGUUUCAGAAGAAGCGCUUAAGGCUUGCAAACACCCUUGGUGGGGACCGGGAACCCCGGGAGAUGCCGAUGAGCAGGUAAGUGGCUGUGCCCUCCCAGUGGGUGCUCUUCCCAGGCGCGAGAGUCCCGAGGCGCGGAGGAGACAUCUGCACGCCCGGAGCUGCUCCCGCGCUCUGCAAAGUAGCCUGCGCCGGCACGAGCCGCCCGCGGCGUCG